CUCAAUCGCCACAACUACAGCUACUGGGUCGACAAUGCUGAAGCUGUCCUCGGUUCUAAGGGUGUUUGGGGCCAAGUCGAUGGCACUGACAUCGCUCCUACCCCUCCCAACGCCUCGGCCAUGACCGCGUCCGAAGCGAAGGAGAUGAGGGAGUGGAAUCAGAGGAAGGCGAAGGCUAGUGGGGAGAUUUGCUUGUUGGUUGAGGAGAAUCAGAAGGCGCAUAUCAGGAAGGAGAAGGGAGAUCCGAAGGCGAUGUGGGAGAAGUUAGAGAGUGUCUUUGUGCAGAAGAAGACUGGUACGCGAUUCGACGCUUAUUCCGAACUCUUCUCCACUCGUCUCCAAGAGGGAGAGUCCCUCUCCGACCUCGUUGCUCGUGUCGACCUCUACAUCUCCCAUAUCAAAGAGCGCCGCCCCGCCAAGUUCUCCCUUGACGACCUCGACUCCGAAUUAUCGUCCAUGACGCUCAUCAAGGCCCUCCCUUCCGACUACAACAACUUCGUCACCUUCCUUACCCUCUCCGACGACCUCUCCCUCGACAACGUCACCCAAGCCUUCUCCAAUGAGGAGCAAUCUCGCAAACGUCGUGCCCUGCAGAAUGAAGACACUCCUGAGCUCGCUAUGGCCGCCGCUCUCAAGCCCCUUUGCUACUUCUGCGACUCUCCCUCCCACAUCGUUCGUGAUUGUCCUGAGAUGAAGUCUGCGUCGUCAUUGGCCAAGCAGAAGUCGUCUGGAUCGUCUACGUCGUCGUCAUCGCAUUCUGGAGGCCAAGGGAAGCGUGGGGGUCGUGGUAGAGGUAGAGGGAAGGGCGCGAACGCGAAUGAAGCCCAAGGAGGGGCUUCUACGCCGUCGGCUGGUUCGGGAGAGACUCCUAAGGAGGAGAAAGCCGGUCAUGCAAGUGCUCUUUCAUCAUCAGCUCGCCCCGCUUGGCUCCGUUCUCGUGCAGCCACUGACUGGAACACAGACACAGGCGCCUCUUCACACAUGAUCCCUCAUCGCCAUUGGUUCUGCUCGUACUCUCCCCACGUCGUGCCCGUUCGUUUGGCCGACGAUUCAGUGAUCUAUUCUCAGGGGAUGGGGUCUAUCGAGUUCGUUCCUAUUGUCAGUGGUAGAGAGUUGCGUCCUGUAGUGUUCCAUGACGUCCUGCACGUUCCCAAGCUCGCCUCGAAUCUA